GGAGUUGGGGCCUCAUGGGUAGGAGCCUGCAGCAUGCAUGUGUUGGGGACCAGGCUGGGUUCAGUGUGUGGAUGUGUAUAGUAUCUGUACCCCCUCCCCAUGGAGUUGUAGUAGAAGAUUAGGUGACAUUGGACCCCAUAAUCUGCAGGCCAUAGAGGGAACAUGGGACAUCUCCAGGCCAACUCCUUUUCUUAGUGAUAAGCAGUGACUUGCUUGAGUGUUGUUACAGAGAUUGCCUGUGAUUUAAGGAAACACGAUAACCACCAUUUACUAUUUACCCUGUGUCAAGAAUGUGAUCCUCCCAGCAACCCAGGGAGUCAUAUUGCAUGACCCUCAUCUUAUGAAUGAAGAAACAGAAGCUCCAAGACGUGCCACUCUCCCGCGGUCAUAGAGCUGCCCUGUUUUCUUUAGACGCUGACUCCUGCUGUCCACCAGAUCCUUGUGGUGCAAUGACUAGUGUAGACCGGCUUGUUGAAGUCAGUCUCUGGAUCUGAGCAACGUUGGCUGAGCCGUGACGAAGUACUCCUAUCCAUCCACUAUGCUUCACAGUGGACAUCUCUCCCUCUUCAUCACCACUGCCCUAGCACCCGCAGGCUCCCCUGGCCACACUGGCUCUACAUCCAUGAGCCCAUCAGCAGCCUUGUCCACAGGGAAGCCAAUGGACAGCCACCCCAGCUACACAGAUACCCCAGUGAGUGCCCCACGGACUCUGAGUGCAGUGGGGACCCCCCUCAAUGCCCUGGGCUCUCCAUAUCGAGUCAUCACCUCUGCCAUGGGCCCACCCUCAGGAGCACUGGCAGCGCCUCCAGGAAUCAACUUGGUUGCCCCACCCAGCUCUCAGCUAAAUGUGGUCAACAGUGUCAGCAGUUCAGAGGACAUCAAGCCCUUACCAGGGCUUCCCGGGAUUGGAAACAUGAACUACCCAUCCACCAGCCCCGGAUCUCUGGUUAAACACAUCUGUGCCAUCUGUGGAGACAGAUCCUCAGGAAAGCACUACGGGGUAUACAGUUGUGAAGGCUGCAAAGGGUUCUUCAAGAGGACGAUAAGGAAGGACCUCAUCUACACGUGUCGGGAUAAUAAAGACUGCCUCAUUGACAAGCGUCAGCGCAACCGCUGCCAGUACUGUCGCUAUCAGAAGUGCCUUGUCAUGGGCAUGAAGAGGGAAGCUGUGCAAGAAGAAAGACAGAGGAGCCGAGAGCGAGCCGAGAGUGAGGCAGAAUGUGCCACUGGUGGUCAUGAAGACAUGCCUGUGGAGAGGAUUCUAGAAGCUGAACUUGCUGUUGAACCAAAGACAGAAUCCUAUGGUGACAUGAACAUGGAGAACUCGACAAAUGACCCUGUUACCAACAUAUGUCAUGCUGCUGACAAGCAGCUUUUCACCCUCGUUGAAUGGGCCAAGCGUAUUCCCCACUUCUCUGACCUCACCUUAGAGGACCAGGUCAUUUUGCUUCGGGCAGGGUGGAAUGAAUUGCUGAUUGCCUCUUUCUCCCACCGCUCAGUUUCCGUGCAGGAUGGCAUCCUUCUGGCCACGGGUUUACAUGUCCACCGGAGCAGUGCCCAUAGUGCUGGGGUCGGCUCCAUCUUUGACAGAGUUCUAACUGAGCUGGUUUCCAAAAUGAAAGACAUGCAGAUGGACAAGUCAGAGCUGGGGUGCCUGCGAGCCAUUGUGCUCUUUAACCCAGAUGCCAAGGGCCUGUCCAACCCCUCUGAGGUGGAGACUCUGCGAGAGAAGGUUUAUGCCACCCUUGAGGCCUACACCAAGCAGAAGUAUCCGGAACAGCCAGGCAGGUUUGCCAAGCUGCUGCUGCGCCUCCCAGCUCUGCGCUCCAUUGGCUUGAAAUGCCUGGAGCACCUCUUCUUCUUCAAGCUCAUAGGGGACACCCCCAUUGACACCUUCCUCAUGGAGAUGUUGGAGACCCCGCUGCAGAUCACCUGAGCCCCACCAGCCACAGCCUCCCCACCCAGGAUGACCCCUGGGCAGGUGUGUGUGGACCCCCACCCUGCACUUUCCUCCACCUCCCACCCUGACCCCUUUCCUGUCCCCAAAAUGUGAUGCUUAUAAUAAAGAAAACCUUUCUACACAUAAGACUUUUAUAGGUGGACUUUUGUAUAGACGUUAAAGGUAAUACGCUUUGCUGUCUGCAGGGCUGGGGGACUUUCUGGAAGUUCUUGGGAAAACUAAUCAAGCCUCUGUACAUACAAUUGGUUUAAAUUAUUUUUUCACUUGCCCUGGAAAGCAAACAAAUAAGUAAUAAAAUAAUAUAUGUGAA